UAAGGAGAAGUCCUUAUGUAUGGAUCUAUAGCUGACCAGACGAAAAAGGAGGCCUAUUUACAUCUCUUUUUCUUGCUUAUCUUGAAGUUCUUUUACUCCCUUCACUUCACAAAUUGUUGUGUGAUGUGUUUUACAGGGGCUGUAGCUGUUCUUCUCCUACUAGCUGUUGGAUUGCUUUGUGCAUAUGAACUUUGUGCUGUGUAUGUCACAACCGGUGUUAGAGCAUCUGAAAGAUACUCACCUUCAGGGUUCUUCUUUGGUGUGUCGGCAAUCUCCCUGGCAAUCAAUAUGCUAUUUAUUUGCAGGAUGGUCUUCAAUGGGAAUGGCUUAGAUGUUGAUGAGUAUGUACGGAGGGCGUAUAAAUUUGCUUAUUCUGAUUGUAUUGAAGUGGGUCCUGUUGCUUGCUUACAAGAGCCACCUGAUCCCAAUGAGUUAUAUCCUCGACAAUCUAGAAGGUAAACUAUAUAUUGCUUGU